AUGGUUAGGGAAGACAGAACUACCUGGAAGGCUAACUAUUUCCUAAAGUUGAUCGAGCUGUUCGAUGAAUAUCCAAAAUGCUUCCUUGUCGGGGUUGACAAUGUUGGAUCGAAGCAGAUGCAAGAAAUCCGUCAGGCCAUGAGAGGUCAUGCGGUCAUCCUUAUGGGGAAAAAUACCAUGAUUCGCAAAGCCAUUCGUGGACAUCUGUCGAAGAAUCCAGCUCUCGAGAAGCUGCUACCCUACAUCGUGCGUAACGUUGGUUUUGUAUUCACCAAGGAAGACCUCGGAGAGAUUCGCGCUAAACUGCUGGAAAACAAAAGAGGUGCUCCCGCUAAGGCCGGUGCAAUCGCUCCUUGCGAUGUGAAGCUGCCUCCUCAGAACACUGGCAUGGGACCCGAGAAGACCUCGUUUUUCCAGGCUCUGCAAAUCCCCACCAAGAUUGCCAGAGGCACCAUUGAGAUUCUCAGUGAGGUGCAUUUGAUCAAAAAAGGCGAGAAGGUUGGAGCCUCUGAAGCCGCUCUACUGAACAUGCUUGGCGUGACACCGUUCUCGUACGGUCUCGUAGUAGUGCAGGUGUACGAU